GCUCCGCUCCCACCGAGACCUGUCUGCCCACUGCCCGCAGCCACCAUGCUGACCGCCGAGGACAAGAAGCUGAUUACCCAGGUCUGGGACAAGGUCCAAGGCUGCCAGGAGGAUGUUGGAGCCGAAACCCUGACGAGGAUGUUCGUCACCUACCCCCAGACCAAGACCUACUUCCCCCACUUCGACCUGUCACCAGGCUCUGACCAGGUCCGUGGCCACGGCAAGAAGGUUGUGGCCGCCCUGGGCACUGCUGUCAAGAGCCUGGAUAACCUCAGCCAGGCUUUGUCGGAGCUCAGCAACCUACAUGCCUACAAUCUGCGUGUUGACCCUGUCAACUUCAAGCUGCUGGCACAGUGCCUGCAGGUGGUGCUGGCCACUCACCUGACCAAGGAUUACACCCCUGAGGUACACGCUGCCUUCGACAAGUUCCUGUCGGCCGUGGCUGCUGUGCUGGCUGAGAAGUACAGAUAAUCUGCUAUGUAUGUCCAGGUGCCACCAAUAAAGACACCUUUGAAAAUA